ACGGUCGGUCCUCCUGGUCAGGACAUGGCGUCUCCCAUAAAAAAAAAAAGAGGACAUGGCGUCUGUCCGCGAACUCGUCAAAACGGCAGCGACUGUUGCUGGCUGCCUGGCUCACACCAAAGUUGCCACACCCACGAGCGCGCGCCAACCAGGUCGCCCCAGUAGGCCAGUACCCUACCCGAAGAUGGAGUUGCUUUUCGUCGUGACGGUGUAUAAGAAUCUCUGAUGCGAGCACCACUGCACCAAUCGUCCUCACAUCGAUCUAUGCACACCCAGUCACCCAGAGCAUGCAACGCGCCGCAGAAACUUCCAGAGAAAGAGCUACCGGAUCCAACGUCUUGUUUAACACGUCGUUCGCUGCAGCAAUCGAGAUCACCGAAUCGAAAGCUCGCAAUCGAGAACCCAAAGCACAAGCAGCUUCUUCACCCAUGCAUCCCAUGAUCAGCUGCCUCGCGGUCGCGGCCGUCAUCCUCCUCCACGUCGGCGUCGCGCCGGGCACGUUCGUCUACGCCGGGUGCUCGCCGUCCAGGUACGCGCCCAACACGGCCUUCGAGAGUAACCUCAACUCCCUCCUGGCAUCCAUGGCUUCCGCCGCGUCCUCCGGCGCCACCUACAACAGCUUCACCUCUGGCGCCGGCGGCGAGGCACUGGCCGCCGCGGCCGAUGGCGCGGUGUCGUCGGCCGCCUACGGCCUGUACCAGUGCCGCGGCGGCCUGCGCCCCGGCGAGUGCUCGUCGUGCGUGCGCGACACAGUGGCGCGCCUCGGCGCCGUGUGCGCCAACGCGCGCGCGGCGUCGCUGCAGUCGGACGGUUGCCUCGUGCGGUACGGCGCCCGCGACCUCGUCGGCCGCGCCGCCGACACCUCCGUGGCGUACCGCCGGUGCAGCGCUGGCACGAGCAGCGACGCCGGGUUCCUGAGCGCCCGCGGCGCGGUCCUGUCGGAGCUGCAGCAGGGCGUGGAGAACACCACGGCCGCGGCCUCCUCGGGCGGGUACAAGGUGAGCGCCUCGGGCCCCGUGCGCGGCGUCGCGCAGUGCCUCGGCGGCAUCCCGGCGAGCCAAUGCGCCGCGUGCGUGUCGCAGGCGGUGGCGCAGCUCGGGGGCACGUGCGGCGCCGCGCUCGCCGCCGACGUGGACCUGGUGCAGUGCUCGGUGAGGUACUGGGCGAAUAGCAACUCCUACCGAUCGUCGCAAGAUAAUUCGGGAGAUGACGUUGGGAGGACCGUGGCAAUAAUAAUAGGUAUCAUGGCUGGACUAGCGCUCCUCGUGGUGUUCAUCUCCUUCCUCAGAAAAGCUUGUAACUGAGGCUCCCCUCUGAUUCAACUCUCUCUCUUCUUGCCUGGCUCUGGGUCUGCUUGAGCCAAAAUAUGAGCAAAAGGGCAGUCUAGCUAACCCACAAAGCAGAGGGGACCGUGCACCGCUUGUCUGCGUGGAGCCAU